CCCACGCGCCUCCUGAGGGCCAGUGUUUUGGUCUCCACAGGGUUGGGCGGACUUUAUGCUGGAAGCUGUCAGUCCGACCUGGCAACCCUGCAGCAGAGGAUGGCGGUGAGGAGCCUCCGCAGCGGCCGGACUCGAGGCGACAGCGGAGAGGAGAGCGUCCCGCUGGACGUGAGCAGAGAUCCUGCAGAGAACGUCCGGGAAAUCCUCCAGAAUGUGGCCAAGCAGCAGGGAAUCCCCAACGUGCUCAAGCUGGCGCACCUCAACAACUUCGUCAAGCUCCUCCGCCAUGUCGGCGUAUCCGAGGACCGGCUCGGCUUCAGCUUGGAGGAGAUCAUCAUCUGUCUCCGGCUGGCCCUGCUGAACGAGGCCAAGGAGGUCCGGGCCGCCGGACUCCGAGCCCUGCGCCACCUGACCAGGGACGGCGGCGUGCUGGAGAAGCUGCUCCUGCUGCAGGUGGACUACCUGAUCGCACGGUGCAUAGACAUCCAGCAGAAUAAUGAAGUGGAGCGGACGCAGGCUCUCAGGCUGGCUCGCAAGAUGCUCAGCGUCAACGCGCUGCUCUUCCCCUCCUCCAUCACCAACUCCCUGAUCGCCGUGGGCAACGACGGGCUGCAGCAGCGGGACCGUCUGGCCCGGGCCUGCACCGCCAUCAUCUGCGAGCUGUCCGUGAAGAACCCGGUGGCGGCGGCGCGGCGAGGCGGCCUCAGCACCGUGCUGAAGAGCGUGACCGACUGUCAGCUGAGCCGCAUCAAUGAGGCGCUCAUCACCACCAUCCUGCACCUCCUCAACCACCCGCACACCAGGCAGUACAUCCGCUCCGACGUCGGGCUGGAGCAAAUCCUGGCUCCGUACACAGACUUCCACUACAGACACACCCCGGAGCUCGCAGAGGGCCAGCUCCAGGAGGACAGGGAGGCUCGCUUCACGGCCAGUAAAAUGUCCAUCGUGGCGUCUUUUCGGUCCUGGUCAGGCAUCAUCAGCCUCUGUAAGACAGGAAACUCUGGGAUCCAGUCCCUGAUUGGCUUGUUCUGCAUCCCGAACAUGGAGGUGCAGAAGGCUCUGCUGGAGGUGCUGUUCGAGGUCUUCCUGCUGGCUCCGCCCUCAGCGACAGCAGACUUCAGCGAAGCCCUGAUGAGUAUCGACCCCAACAGGUUUCAGGACAGCUGGAGGUUGUCUCAUGGAUUCGUGGCUUCUGAAGCCAAAUCAAUUCUUCCUCACCGAUCCAGCUCGAGGCCCAACCUGGUGAACAACUACCUGGCUUUCGUGCUCUCCGCCUUCAUCAAGAGCGGCUUGCUGGAGAGUCUGGUGGAGGUGAUCACCUGCAGUACGGACGUGGUGUCCAUCCAGGCCACCAUCCUGGUGGGGGAGCUCCUGCACAUGGCCAACACACUCCUCCCUCACAGCCACAGCCACCACCUGCACUGCUUACCCAGCCUCAUCAACAUGGCCGCCUCCUUCGACGGCCCGUCCGAGAAGCGACUACGAGCGGGCACCGCCGUCAACCGCCUGAAGCGUUUCCACGAGAGGAAGAAGCGAGGAGUGCGAGCGAGCAGUCUGUACCUGGACCACAUCCUGCGCACAUCGGGACAGUCCCAGGCCUGCGGGAACCCCCUCUCCAGAUCCCACAGAGACAACUCAUUUCUCAAGGACACUGAAGACACUCUGAUGAGCAUCAUGAGAGACAGCCACGUCCUCAGCCAUAAAGACAGCCUGGAAUGGAACUGGGACCUCAUCGAGACCGUCUUAAAGUGGCCAAAUAUUAGCCUCCGCGGCAGUAAAGACGAACAGAUGCACAAGUUUGUACAGAGGCUGCUCUCCUUCUACAAGCCCAGCAGUGUGCUGUACGGCCACCUGGAGCUGAAGCAUCCCAAAGCCAAGCAGCUCACGAUGGUGGGCUGUCACUUCAUGGACUUCCUGUUGGCGUCUGAAGAGGACGGUCAGGUGUACUUGGAGGACCUGGUGAGGGACGUGGUGGUGUGCCUCUUCUCGCCCGCCGGCCUCAGGGCCGAGCGCAGCCGACUGCUGGCCACACUCAGCCAGAAGUACUUCCUGCUGCUGGGCACGCUGUCGGCCCACCCCAACGGCAUCAAGGUGCUGGAGAAGUGCAGCGUCUUCCAGUGCCUGUUGAGACUGUGCAGCGUGAGGAAUCAGGAGCAGCUGCUGAAGCUGAGCGUCUCCACGCUGGACUACAGCCGAGACGGCCUGGCUCGCAUCGUUCUGUCCAAAAUCCUCACGGCUGCCUCCGAUACCUGCAGGCUGUACGCUACCCAACACCUGCGGGUGCUGCUCCGUGCCGGGGUGGAGUUCUUCACCAACUGGGGCAUGGAGCUGCUGGUCACGCAGCUCCACGACCGCAGCAGAGCGGUCUCCAUGGAGGCGCUGGACAUCCUGGACGAGGCCUGCGAGGACAAGACCAACCUCCACGCCCUGACUGAGAUCAGACCUGCGCUCACUCACCUGGGGGACAAGGGGAUGCUGCUGCAGCUCAGGUUUGCAUCUAUUCCGAAGGGACUGUCCUAUCUGAGCGAGAGAGGAUACAUCAAGAAGCAGCUGGAGGAAUGGCAGCAGGGGUACAACCUGAGAUAUGUGGAUUUGAUAGAGGGCCAACUGAACGAGGCCCUCACCACAAACCGCCAGCCUGCCGGUGGCGACGGCUCCCUCCACCGCUGCAGCCAGAGGCUCCAGAGGCCCAGCGUCUACCUGCCUGUCCACCUGUACGGCCAGCUGGUCCAGGAGAAGAGCGGCUGCCAGCUGCUUCAAACGCAGGGCGUGGUUCCCGGUCUCAGCAACCUGGUCCGAAGUCCAGUCCUGGAGCACUGGCAGGGGAUCAAACAGCUGAAGGCGGCGCUCUGGGCUUUGGGACACAUCGGCUCCUCAAACUGGGGGGUGAAGCUGCUGCAGGAGGACGGGCUGAUCCCGGACCUGGUGUCUCUGGCCCACCACUGUGAGGUCCUGUCGGUCCGAGGGACGUGUGUGUAUGUGCUGGGCCUCAUCAGUAAGACCUGGCAGGGCUGCGACUCGCUGAAGCAGCACGGCUGGGAUGCGGUGAGGCACAGCCUCAACACGCUGUGGCCCGUCGUCCCGGAGGAGCUGGAGCCGCCGUCCAAACCCUGCGCCCCGCUGCCCUCCACCGCCCCGCCCGGCCACGACGGCGGCUCCACGCACGCCGGCGGCAGCCUGCAGGACCGGGGCGGUUUGGAGAAUGGUGGGGGAGUGGAGGAGUCCGGGGUCCAGACGGAGCAGGACUCCCAGCAGUCUGCGGGAGAUGCAGCGCAGGUGAAAAUGCGCAGCCACAGCUUGAACUGCGGCGUCGGCUCCCUGAGCUCCAGCCCGUCCGGAGAGACGCUGCCCUCCUCCGACUGCCUCACCGUCACCACACACUCACCCCUAGCUCCGCCCUCCAUCCACAAGUCCUGCUCCAUGUCCCUGGACUCCCCCGGUUCUGCCCGCGCUGCCCCCCGCAGAACCCAGUCCCUCAGGUCCCCCGGCGUGAGGGCCCUGAGCCGGUCGGAGGACCGCGGCCUCGUGCACUGGGGCUCCAGGCGAGCGCUGCCUUCCGCCACGCUCAAGUCCUCCAGCUUCCACGGCGGCCGCACCAGUCCGCGGGACGCUCAGGGCUACGCCACCCUGCGGAGGCUGCAGCAGCUGCGCAUCCAGCCGUCUCUGUCCCGCAGCAAGGCCCUGGUGUCCCCGGCCACGGACCUGCUCUUCGCCGACGUGAUCACCAUGAGCACCGGCAGCCUGGCCUCCAGACGGACGUCACAGAGGUUUCUGAAAGCUCUGAGUUUUACCUCUUUGGACAAAGAAGAGCUGCUCAGCCCGAUCAACCAGAGCACGCUGCAGCGCUCGUCGUCUGUCCGCUCCAUCGUGUCCAAAGCCGCCUUCAGCUCCUCCCGGGACUACAUCGGCCUGGCCUUACCCGUUAACAUCAGCAGCAUGUUCCAGAUUAAAGAGAGUCUGUAUUUCCAGAGGACUGGCUCUCCUCCUGAGGAGCAUCCUGCUGGGAUCACCUCUGGAAGCUCAGACGGAUCCAGUGUCGGCUGUGAGACCCUCGGUCUUCCCUCUCAGGGUCUUCUGGAGUCCAGCGUUGCAGAACAGCAGCUGGGAUCAGAUGAGACCGGACUCCAGGAGCACCGACACGACAACUGUCUGUACUGUUCUGCUCUGUCUGUGCUGGAGCUGCACCUCCAGAGCAGCAGCCAAGAGGGAGCAGACGUCCCCCCGCCGCCGGAGAAGAGCCCUCCUCCUUCCAGGAGCCUGCUGGAGGCCCCGGUGGCUGCGGGGCCCUCGGGGGUGUCGGGGUGCAGUGACAUCGUGUCCCAGGGGUCGGGGGGCAGCACUGGCAGUGCAGAGCUUGUUGUGGGAGUGAAGUUCCUCCCGGAGGACGCUGCAGCCGGUCGGGUCCCGCUGAGGAAGGAGGUGCUUCGACUUGUCGUCAACCUCAGCUCCUCGGUCGGGACCAAAAACCACGAGAACAGCCUGUUAAAGAUCAAGGAGAAGUUCCCCCACACGUUCGAUGACGUCUGUUUGUAUUCAGAAGUGUCCAACCUGCUGGCUCACUGCAAGUUCCGCCUGCCUGCACGCCGCUUCAUCCAGGAGCUCUUCCAGGACGUGUCCUUCCUCCCUAUGUAUGAGGAGGCAGAGAGCAUCCUGUCUCUGUAUGUGCAGAAGACCUCCGCUCCACAGUCCGAUUCAGCCUGAAGACUUCAUCAUCUUCAUCAUCCUGACGGCUCCUCGCCACCGGAGAUCCAUCCAGCGAAGUCUGCAUGCUGUUAGAAGACCAGCAGCGAGCUGUGGGUGUGUUUCUACCACCUGCAUCACAGCAGAGGGAACUGGGAGCUCUGGCUAUAGUUUUUCUUAAAAAGGAUUUUCUCUUUUCUUUUCCACAUUGAUUCUUCCUGAUGUGGAAUAGUUGUGUUUUCUCUCAAAUCGUAAACAUGAAAUCACCUGGGAGAUGACCUGGAACGACACUGAAAAGCCCCGUUAUGGUAAACAGACUCACCUGUCCUGGUAAACGCAGUACAGGGAGCGUUCCUGCUCUGGUGUGUGUUAGGGGUGCAACGGUUCAGUUAGCCCACGGUUCGGUUUGUACCUCGGUUUCGGGAUUACGGUUUCGGUUCGGUUUCGGUUUGUGCUUUGCAUUAAAAAAACAAGAAGUUUGACUUUCCAAAAGAUUCCUUUUAUUUUGCUUUUAAGAAAACUAAAUUAUGACAAUGCCUCUUAGUCUUAACUAUUAUAUGGCUGAUACAUGUUAUCAGGGUUAGGUUAGGUUAUCAAAAUAAAAUACAAUAUAAUAAUUAAUAUGGAAACAGCAAUACUGUGAUGAUUAAAAGAUAUCAAUGGCAAUAAUAGUCAUAACAGCAAUUACAAAAUUUAAAUAUAACAAAAAUAUUAUACUAACUGUGAUAACAACAUGUGAUAAUAAUAGAUAUAACAGCACAAUAUCACAAUAAUGCUGAUCAGAAUCAUACAACCAUAAUAUCAAUAGAAAUCAAGUACAAUAUACAUCCUUAAACCAAUUCUCUCAAUAAAAAUCUCUGUCUGGAGAGUUUAUGACUUCGUU